GAGAGAGUCGCCUUUAUCGAGAUUCGAGAGAGAAGGGAGCUCCUCGAAUUUUCGACGCAGAGAGAGAGAGUUCGUGAACUCUGAAUACCGGUGCGCAUCGAGAGAUUCAUACACAGCGGAGAUGGCAGACCGUUUCUUUCCCAAUGAAAUGCCCGAUUUCGUGCCAGAAAACCCAGUUGAAGGGUCGAUCCCUGGAAGUAGUGGAGAUCCGCUCUCGAAGCUUCUCCAUAUUCCUUACAAGGCAGUCGCCGAGCGGCUUAAACUGGCUGCUCUGGACCUAAAAGAAAUUGUUGUGAAGGAGACGUGGGGGCUGAGUGGAAGGCGCGUAAGUGACUAUACUGUCUAUACUGGGGCUCUGGGGACGGCUUACCUGCUCUUCAAGGCUUACCAAAUUAGCAACAACAAGGAUGAUCUUAAGCUUUGUUCCGAGAUUGUUAAGGCUUGUGAUGCUGCAUCUCGCAACUCCGAGCGUGUGACUUUUAUCUGCGGGCGGGCUGGUGUGUGCGCUCUUGGUGCUGUUGUGGCAAAGCACAGUGGUGAUGAACGGCUGUUUGAGCAGUAUUUAACCAAAUUCAAAGAGAUUGAGCUUCCUGAAGAACUUCCAAAUGAAUUACUAUAUGGCCGAGCAGGAUUCUUAUGGGCAUGUUCAUUUUUAAACAAGAUGAUCGGAAAAGAUACAGUAUCUUCUAGACGCACUAGGCCUGUUGUGGAUGAAAUUAUAAAGUCUGGUAGAAGAUUGGGAAAAAAAGAAAGGUGCCCGUUAAUGUAUGAAUGGCAUGGGAAGAAGUACUGGGGAGCUGCUCAUGGAUUAGCUGGGAUUAUGCACGUGUUAAUGGACAUGGAGCUGAAGCCAGAUGAGGUGGAAGAUGUGAAGGGUACACUGAGGUAUAUGAUUAGAAAUCGUUUCCCCAGUGGGAACUAUCCCUCUAGUCAAGAAAGCGAAUCGGACCGUCUUGUGCAUUGGUGCCAUGGAGCUCCUGGAGUUGCUCUUGCUCUUGUAAAAGCAGCUGAGGUUUUCGGAGAUGAGGAAUUCGUCAAGGCAGCCAUAGAUGCUGGAAAGGUGGUAUGGGAGCGUGGAUUGCUUAAAAGAGUUGGGAUUUGCCAUGGGAUCAGUGGGAAUAGCUAUGUAUUUCUCGCACUCUACCGAUUAACAGGUAGAGUAGAGUUCUUGUACGAGUCCAAAGCCUUUGCUUGCUUUCUACUUGACAAAUCUCAAAGGCUUAUAUCAGAGGGGAUAAUGCAUGGGGGUGAUCGCCCCUAUUCACUUUUUGAAGGCAUUGGAGGUAUGGCUUAUCUCUUCCUGGACAUGACCGAACCAUCCGAAGCUAGGUUCCCUGCCUAUGAGCUUUAACUUCCUGGACAUGACCGAACCAUCCGAAGCUAGGUUCCCUCCCUACGAGCUUUAACUUUCUGGGUGUAUAUUAAAUGUUUGCCUACCACUUAUAUGUAUAUGUGACUUGAUCGUGCUGUAUAAAUGUUGAAAGUAGGGUUUGUUUUGACGUA